CAGAUCCAUUCCAAUCAACAAGUCCUUCCUGAUGUCCGCCCAAAGACAGUACUCCUCCAAAGUGGCAGGCCAAUAUCUCGGCACACCAAACGCCAACGGCAGAUACAACGUCACCCUGAUCAAGGGUGACGGUAUCGGUGAGGAAAUCUCGAACGCAGUGGUGAAGAUCUACGAGGCCGCCAAGGUUCCUGUCGACUGGGAGCCGGUCGACGUGACCCCUUCGUUGAUCAACGGUGUGACCACGAUCCCUAAGCCCGCCGUGGACUCGAUCAACAAGAACAAGAUUGCGCUCAAGGGCCCCUUGGCCACCCCGAUCGGUAAGGGCCACCAGUCCAUGAACUUGACCUUGAGAAGAACGUUCGGUCUCUUCGCCAACGUCAGACCCUGCAAGUCCGUUGUCGGCUACAAGACCCCAUACGACAACGUCGACACCGUCUUGAUCAGAGAAAACACCGAGGGUGAGUACUCCGGUAUCGAGCACAUCAUUGUUCCCGGCGUCGUCCAGUCGAUCAAGUUGAUCACCAAGAAGGCCUCCGAGAGAGUCAUCAGAUACGCCUUCGAGCACGCCAAGUCCACCGGCAGACACGAGGUCAUUGUCGUCCACAAGGCCUCCAUCAUGAAGUUGUCCGACGGCUUGUUCGUCCAGUGCGCCAAGGAGAUCGCCAAGGACUAUCCUGAAAUCAAGGUCAGCUUCGAGUUGAUCGACAACACCUCCUUGAAGUUGGCCUCCGACCCAACCACCUACAGCAAGGUCGUCAUGGUCAUGCCAAACUUGUACGGUGACAUCUUGUCCGACUUGUCCUCCGGUUUGAUCGGUGGCUUGGGCUUGACUCCCUCCGGUAACAUGGGUGAGAAGGUCUGCAUCUUCGAGGCCGUCCACGGUUCCGCCCCUGACAUCGCCGGCAAGGGCUUGGCUAACCCAACCGCCUUGUUGUUGUCCUCUUGUAUGAUGUUGAGACACAUGAGCUUGAACGACUACGCCGACAGAAUCGAAACAGCUGUCCUCAAGACCAUCGCCUCCGGCCCAGAACACAGAACCGGUGACUUGAGAGGUACCGCCUCCACUUCCAGCUUCACCGACUCCAUCAUCUCCAACUUAUAAUUAUGCUAAUAUUCUAGUUAUCUAAAUACACAUCCAGCUCCAUGCAGACAUCUCACCCAACAUGUCCAACUUAUAAACUCCCAACACGAAAUUAUUUAUUUAUUCUCUUUAUAUCUUUCUUCUAUAUCCCCAUAUAUCUCUGUCGUGUAUAGAUCCAAUUUAUAAAUGACUAACGUUAUGAAACGCAAUCCAAUCUUUUUCCUCUGCCUGCUC